GACCCACACUUCUCAACCUUCUGCUUUCUUCUUCUUCUUCCUAUCUUUCCUAACAGCUAAUUCUAAAUACUAAACUAAAACUCUCACUUAUUCAAACCAUUCUCUCUCUCUCUCUCUCUCUCUCUCUCUCUCUCUCUCUCUCUCUCUCUCUCACUACUUUACUCUCUUUUCUUUUCUCAGUAACCAAACAGAAAAAGAGAAAAAAAAAAAAAUAUAAUCUUUGCGUUGCUUCGCUUUUCUUUAAUGUAAAUAUACAUGAAAAAGAAACUAUUUUGUUUCUUCUUUGGAUGAUCGUCACGUCGUCUGUGACUCUCUUUUGAGAAGGAAAAUCAAAUGGAGUACUACUACUACUACUUCAGAUUGCCUCUUCUUGUUUUUUCCCUCCUUUUUCUCAUCCAUUCAUCCUCUUCUCAGAUGCCAGGUUUUGUGAGUUUGGAUUGUGGAGGUAAUGAAUCUUUCACAGAUGAUAUUGGGCUAAUGUGGAGUCCUGACAAUAUCGCUUAUGGCGAGACAGCGAGUAUAGCAGUUGCAAACGAGACCAGGAGGGAAUAUAUGACUCUGAGACACUUUCCUGCUGAUUCAAGGAAGUAUUGUUACAUACUUAAUGUCACAAGUAGGACCAGAUACCUUAUAAGAGCAACAUUCUUGUAUGGUAACUUUGACAACAAUAAUGUUUAUCCCAAAUUUGAUAUCUCUCUUGGGGCAACCCAUUGGUCAAAUAUUGUUAUUGCGGAUGCUGAUGAUAUAGAGACUAGGGAGCUUAUAUUCUUGGCUUCAACUCCUACAAUCAGCGUAUGUUUAUCCAAUGCUACAACUGGGCAGCCAUUUAUAUCAACCCUUGAACUUCGACAGUUCAAUGGUUCGGCUUAUUACACCGAUUUUGAAGAUAAUUACUACCUCAGUGUUUCUGCAAGGAUAAAUUUUGGUGCAGACAGUGAAGCUCCUGUUAGGUAUCCUGAUGACCCGUUUGAUAGACUAUGGCAGUCAGACUCUGUGAAGAAAGCCAAUUAUCUGGUUGAUGUUGCACCUGGAACCACAAAAGUGUCAACGAAAUUGCCAAUUGAUGCUAACAGGGAUGAGAGACCACCUGAAAAGGUUAUGCAGACGGCUGUAGUUGGUAGCAAUGGGUCAUUGACUUACCGUUUGAACUUGGAUGGUUUUCCUGGUAGUGGGUGGGCAAUGACCUACUUUGCAGAAAUUGAAGAUCUUAAACCGGAUGAGUCAAGAAAGUUUAGGCUAGUGCUCCCCGGCAAUCCUGAUAUCAGCAAAGCUAUUGUCAAUAUUGAAGAAAAUGCACAAGGGAAAUACCGUCUCUACGAGCCAGGAUUUACAAAUAUUUCUCUUCCCUUUGUAUUAUCUUUUAGAUUUGGGAAAACAGUAGACUCCUCCCUUGGUCCUCUCCUGAAUGCAAUGGAGAUUAAUAAGUAUUUGGAGAAAAGUGAAGGUUCUAUAGAUGGGCCUAUCAUUUCUAAUGUAGUCUCACGCUACUCAUCUGACUGGGCACUAGAAGGCGGUGACCCAUGCCUACCAGUUCCGUGGUCUUGGGUUCAUUGUACCUCAGAUCCACAACCGAGAAUAGUUGCAAUUAUGUUGUCUGGUAAGAACUUGACAGGGAAUAUCCCCUUGGACUUGACAAAAUUGAGUGGACUAGUCGAAUUAUGGCUAGAUGGGAAUUCAUUGACGGGUUCAAUACCUGAUUUCACUGGAUGCGUGAACUUACAGAUAAUUCAUCUUGAAAACAAUCAGUUGACAGGUGGGCUGCCUUCCUCUUUAACAAACCUACCCAAUUUGAAGGAAAUGUAUGUGCAAAAUAACAUGCUAUCCGGAUCAGUCCCAAAGGGUCUUUUCAACAAAAAUAUGACUUUCAACAUUACGGGAAACAAAGAUCUUCGUAAAGGGAGCUCAAGUGGAAGCCGUAAGAAUGCAAUCAUUGGUGCAUCAAUUGGUGCUGCUGUUUUGCUCAUAGUUACUAUUGUGUCUUGCCUAUGCUUGCACAAAGGGAGUAAAAGAAAUCGUGAUAAAGAGCAACCUGGACAUUCCCUCCCGGUUCAAAAGCCAGUAGUUGCUUCUAAAAGCGAGACUCCCACAGAAUCUGCACAUUGCUUUGCACUUUCAGACAUUGAAGUUGCUACAAAAAGGUUUGAGAAGAAAAUUGGGUCUGGAGGUUUCGGAGUUGUGUACUAUGGGAAAUUGAAAGAUGACAGAGAAAUUGCAGUCAAGGUCUUGACAAGUAACUCUUACCAGGGAAAGCGAGAGUUUUCAAAUGAGGUAACUCUUCUUUCAAGGAUACACCACAGGAAUUUGGUACAGUUUCUCGGGUAUUGCCAAGAAGAUGAAAGGAGUAUGCUUAUUUAUGAGUUCAUGCAUAAUGGAACUCUCAAGGAACAUCUUUAUGGGCCACUAACUCGCGGACGAAGUAUCAACUGGAUCAAGCGCCUUGAGAUUGCUGAAGAUUCGGCAAAAGGGAUUGAAUACCUUCACACAGGAUGUACUCCAGCCAUUAUUCAUCGAGAUUUAAAGACCAGUAAUAUUCUUCUGGACAAACAAAUGAGAGCUAAGGUUUCAGAUUUUGGUCUUUCUAAACUUGCUGUUGAUGGGGUGUCCCAUGUCUCAAGCAUAGUUAGGGGCACUGUGGGAUAUCUAGAUCCUGAGUAUUACAUCUCUCAGCAACUAACGGAUAAGAGUGACGUGUAUAGUUUCGGUGUCAUUCUUCUUGAGCUAAUAUCAGGUCAAGAAGCAAUAUCUAACGAAAGUUUUGGCGUUAAUUGUCGUAACAUAGUCCAAUGGGCAAAGCUACACAUAGAGAGUGGUGACAUCCAAGGCAUCAUUGAUCCUGCCUUACGCAACGAGUAUGACAUCCAAUCCAUGUGGAAAAUAGCUGAGAAAGCUUUGAUGUGUGUUCAGCCACAUGGAUACAUGAGGCCAUCAAUCUCGGAAGUUCUGAAGGAGGUCCAGGACGCCAUCACCAUGGAAAGAGAAGCAACAACAGUGAGAGAAGGUAACUCAGAUGACACAUCAAGAAACUCAGGCCAUUCUUCUCUCAACUUGGGCUCCCUUGACAUUAUUGGAACUGAUAAUUUUUUGUCUAUUGACGAGUUUGCUCGCCCAAGUGCUCGGUAGUAUUGUGAUUUUGGUUAGUAAAACAAAACAGUAGUACAUAUGAGAGUUAUCUCUUCCUUCUUUGUUUAGUGGGUUUGAGGGGGGAAAAAGCUUCAUUUAAUUUCAUACAAUGUUGAAGUUGUAAAUCUUGAUUUUGAAAAAAAAAAGCUUUUGUUUUGUCA